UUCGGUUAUAUAUACAGUCCCCUAGAAUUGUUUGGACUAACCACUAUAAUCGUCAAUCGCUUCUUCUUCUCCUCCUUCCCUUUCGAUAUCAUCGCCAGGCAGUCCACCGAUAACCCUACGUACCUUUCUCAACUUAUUCCAUCAAUGGAGCUCCGUUCCCGUUCCCGUUCCCUCAAAACAAAGUCCGACUCUGCCAACGAUGGAGAUGGACAUGAGGAAGACGAGAUUGAUAUUGACAAUUCGGAUAGCUCUGAUGAUGAAAUUUUCGUAGCGUCAUCUUCAGAUGAUGAAAAAAUCAGUAGCGAUGAAGAUGAGGAGUUUCACCCUUACAAAAGGAGGAAAGUGGGAUACAACCGGGGUAAAACUGAGAUUGGGUUGGAUAAAACUAUUAAAAAGGAUGAGAUUAAGGAUGAAAUAGACCUGGCUCUCGAGGGAGUAGUACAAAAAAUGAAAGGAAAGAAAAAGAAGUCAAAGAAAGGGAAAGAGGAGAUUGAGGAUGAAGUAGACCUGGCUCUUGAGGGAGUAGUACAAAAAAUGAAAGAAAAGAAAAAGAAGUCAAAGAAAAGGGACUCAAAGCCAGUUUUGAUGUGGAACAUUUGGAAAAAUGAGAAUGAGAAAUGGCUUGAUGAGAAUUUUUCAAAAGAUCUUGACUUGGAGAAUCAGAAUGAAAUAGUUACUGAAGUGGCAGAAGCACCUGCGGAUAUGGUUGUGGAUUUGCUGAGGUACCAAAAGGAAUGGCUAGCUUGGGCUUUAAAACAAGAAGGUACUCCAAAUAGAGGAGGAAUCCUUGCAGAUGAGAUGGGAAUGGGGAAAACCAUUCAAGCCAUUUCACUUGUACUUGCCAAACGAGAACUUUAUAGGGCAAGUGGUGUAACUUCUGAUUCAUCAGAAGGCACAUCAACAGACCUGCCUCGAAUUAAGAGCACGCUUGUAAUCUGUCCUGUUGUUGCUGUGAAUCAGUGGGAAAAUGAAAUUGAUAAGUUUACAUCAAAGGGGAGCACGAAGGUACUGGUUUAUCAUGGGGCAAACAGAGGAAAAGUUUCCAAGAAGUUUUCUGAUUAUGAUUUUGUCUUAACUACUUACUCAAUUGUUGAGGCUGAUUACAGGAGGCAUACGAUGCCUGCCAAAGAGAAAUGCCCUUACUGUUCAAAGAAGUUUAAUGAGAAACGUUUGACAGUGCACUUGAAAUACUAUUGUGGCCCGAAUGCUUUGAAAACUGAAAAGCAGUCUAAGCAACAAAGGAAGAAGUUUCAAGCUAUGCCAUCAACACCGAAGUUGGAUGACAAAUCUUCUAAAGGCAAGAAGCCAGCGAAGCAAAACGAGAAGGAAGCAUUGGCUAAGGAGGAAUCGGCCUUACAUGCUGUGAAUUGGGAACGUAUUAUUUUGGAUGAGGCGCAUUAUAUCAAAUCUAGACGAAGUAAUACUGCCAGAGCUGUUCUUUCCUUAGAGUCUUCAUACAAAUGGGCUUUAAGUGGUACUCCUCUUCAGAACCGUGUUGGUGAACUUUACUCUUUGUUACGCUUUCUACAAAUUGUUCCAUACUCCUUUUACUUCUGUAAGGACUGUGAUUGCAAAGUUCUUGAUCAUAGUUCCUCAGGAGAUUGUUCAAAAUGCCCUCAUAAUUCUGUUAGACAUUUUUGUUGGUGGAAUAAAUUUAUUGCUACACCUAUACAAACAUAUGUGAAUCAAGACCCUGGGAAAAGGGCGAUGAUGUUGCUUAAGCACAAAAUUUUAAAGAAAGUAGUGCUACGAAGAACUAAACAGGGAAGAGCUGCUGAUCUUGCUCUUCCUCCACGAAUAAUAUCUUUGAGGAGGGAUGUGCUCGAUAUCAAGGAGCAGGAUUAUUACGAGUCAUUAUACAAUGAGAGUCAGGCACAGUUUAACACAUAUAUCGAAGCAGGAACACUUAUGAAUAAUUAUGCCCACAUAUUUGACCUUCUCACACGUUUGCGUCAGGCAGUUGACCAUCCGUACCUUGUGGUAUACUCUGCAACUGCAGCAAUUAGAAAUGCAAACAAGGUGGAAAUCGAUAAUGAAGAGCGAGUAUGUGGCAUAUGUCACGAGCCAGCAGAAAAUCAUGUGGUUACCUCUUGUGAACAUGCCUUCUGCAAAGCUUGUUUGAUUGAUUACGCUGCUUCCUUAGGACAAGUCUCAUGCCCAUCUUGUUCGAAAUUGCUUACUGUAGAUUUGACAUCAAAUGCAGAUAAUGGGAAUCACACCAGUAAAACUACAAUAAAGGGCUUCAGGGCAUCAAGUAUUCUAAACAGAGUUCAACUUGACAAUUUUCAAACAAGCACAAAAAUUGAGGCUCUGAGAGAAGAAAUCAGGUUCAUGAUUGAGAAGGAUGGUUCCGCAAAAGGAAUAGUUUUCAGCCAGUUCACAUCAUUCUUGGAUCUCAUAAACUACUCCCUCGAGAAGUCCGGUAUAAAAUGUGUUCAGUUGAAUGGAAGCAUGACUAUGGUUGCCAGGAAUGUUGCUAUUAAGAAAUUUAUUGAAGAUCCAGAAUGCAAGAUUUUUCUUAUGAGUCUCAAAGCUGGAGGCGUUGCUCUCAAUCUUACUGUUGCAUCACAUGUUUUCAUGAUGGAUCCAUGGUGGAACCCUGCUGUCGAGCGGCAAGCACAAGAUAGAAUUCACCGUAUAGGACAGUAUAAGCCAAUAAGAAUUGUUAGAUUCGUUAUAGAGAAUACAAUUGAGGAAAGAAUUCUGAAGCUGCAAGAAAAGAAGGAACUAGUGUUUGAAGGUACUGUUGGUGGUUGCUCAGCAGCUUUGGGAAAAUUAACAGAAGCAGACAUGAGAUUUCUUUUCACCUGAGAGAAUUAUCCGUACACCCUUAGGCAUUAGGUAGUGGUGAACCCUAUCAUCUUUUGGCUUAUAGUUUAGUUCGUUGCACAGUAAGUAUAUAGUUUUUUCUUUUGAUGCGUUGUUGCAUUUAAGUGGCCAAGAAUCUUGAAAACAUUUAAUUUUUCUUUGUAGUUCGGGUCACAAGUACAAUUUUUUGUGAUUGGGUGCGAAUUGUGGUGAUAAAGCAUAUCGGCUUGAGAAA